CGAGACCUGGAGGUGUCCGAAGGGGCCCACGUUGGCACCAGGAUCGGUUUCAUCGGCGACGGAGCCUCCCCUGACAGCGGCCCGCCUUACCUCAUCGUCCCCGUGGGUAGUGCCGUGGACUCGGACCUCGCCAUCGACCAGACCACCGGCGAGAUAAGGACCAAAGUGCCUUUGGAUAGAGAGACGCGCGCGAGUUACUCCCUGGUGGCUAUCCCCAUCAGCGGGGAUAACGUGAAGGUGGUGGUGAAGGUUUUGGACGAGAACGAUAACGCCCCCACGUUCCCCAUGGCGGUUAUGAACAUAGAGUUCCCCGAAAACACCCCCAGGGAUGUCAAAAGGACUCUGCACCCCGCCAGAGACUUGGACCUUGAUAUUUACAACACGCAGCGGUACAAUAUCAUAUCGGGGAACGUUAACAACGCCUUUAGACUGUCAUCGCACAGGGAAAGAGACGGGGUCCUCUAUUUGGACCUUCAAAUCAACGGAUUUCUUGAUAGAGAGACCACUGCUUCUUAUAGCUUGGUUAUAGAAGCUUUGGACGGAGGUACCCCACCUCUAAGAGGUGAAAUGACUGUAAAUAUAACUAUUCAAGAUGUAAACGACAACCCUCCAAUAUUCAAUCAAAGCAGAUACUUUGCUACAGUUCCUGAGAAUGCUACGAUUGGAACCAAGGUCCUACAAGUCUUUGCUACAGACGCAGACUCUGAAGAAAACGGCCAAAUCGAAUAUGCCAUAAACAGGAGACAAAGCGAUAGAGACAACAUGUUUCGCAUCGAUUCCACAACUGGACUCAUAGCAGUUAACAAACCUUUAGACUUUGAAACUAAAGAACUACACGAAUUAGUUAUUGUCGCGAAGGAUCACGGCUUGCAACCUCUGGAAACCACCGCGUUCGUAUCUAUAAGAGUUACAGACGUCAACGACAACCAACCUACCAUCAACGUUAUCUUUCUCAGCGACGAUGCCACUCCUAAAAUCAGCGAGUCGGCCCAACCAGGCGAAUUCGUGGCUAGAAUCAGCGUCCACGAUCCAGACUCCAAGACGGAGUACUCCAACAUCAACGUGACCCUAAGCGGAGGCGACGGUCACUUUGGUCUGACCACGAGAGACAACAUUAUUUACUUGGUGAUAGUGUCUUUGCCCUUGGACCGGGAAAUGAAGCCGAACUACACCUUAAGCGUCGUAGCUACGGAUACAGGGUCACCCCCUUUACACGCCUCCAGGACCAUCAACCUCCAGGUGACGGACAUCAACGACAACGCUCCCGAGUUCGAACAGCAGGUCUAUCACGCCAACGUGAUGGAGGUUUCCGAUCCCGGAACGUCCGUGAUCCAGGUCGUCGCCAAUGAUAAGGACGAAGGUAACAACAGUGCCAUAACUUACUCGCUGUUGGAGUCUCCGGACACGCAUUCCGGGUGGUUCCAGAUCGACUCCAGGAGUGGUUUAGUGACUACGCGUGCUCACGUUGAUUGUGAAACGGAUCCAGUACCUCAGUUGACAGUGAUUGCCACCGAUAAUGGCUUUCCGCCGUUGUCAUCUUCAGCGACAGUGUUAGUGACCAUUCACGAUGUGAACGAUAACGAGCCCAUCUUCGAUCAGAGUUUUUACAAUGUGUCCGUGGCUGAGAACGAAGCGGAAGGACGCUGCAUUUUAAAG